AUAUUGGUAGGUAUUGGGCCAGCCCUCCAAAUCAAUGGAUUCAGGUGUUCCAAUCAUCUCCAUGGCCACAGGUGUAUAAAAUCAAGCACUGCUUUUAGAGACAUUUGUGAAAGAAUAUGUCGCUCUCAGGAGCUCAGUGAAUUCAAGCGUGGUCCCGUGAUAGGUUGCCACCUGUGCAAUAAGUCCAUCCGUGACAUUUCCUUGCUACUAAAUAUUCCACGGUCAACUGUUGGUGGUAUUAUAACAAAGUGGAAGCAACUUGGAACAACAGCAACUCAGCCAUGAUGUGGUAGGCCACAUAAAAUGAUAGAGCGGGGUCAGUGCAUGCUGAAGCGCACAUUGUGCAGAAGUCGCCAACUGUCUGCAGAGUCAAUAGCUAAAGACCUCCAGACUUCGUGUGGCCUUCAGAUUAGCACAACAGUGCAUGAAGAGCUUCAUGGAAUGGGUUUCCAUAGCUGAGCAGCUGCAUCCAAGCCUUACAUCUCCAAGUGCAAUACAAAGCGUUGGAUGCAGUGGUGUAAAGCACGCCACAACUGGACUUUAG